AUGCAGAAAAUUUGGCGGUCGGCAGAGCUGCCGGCGCCGCUCGAGACAGAUGCGCUAGUACAGCAGAAUUUAAACACGCGCACGGAUCUGGAGGCGUGGGUUGAGGCUCAAAAGAUGCGCAUUCUUGAGGAGAAACGCACUGACCAGCUGCAGUCUCAGGAGCACGCACGCGCCACGGACGAAGCGCAGCGCAGGCGCGAGAUGCUGCAAAUGGAGCAUCAGAAGCUGUCGACUGAUACACAUACUAAGGAGAGAGAGUUAAACGCUAGCCAAGUAGAAAUUGAGGUGCUGCAAGCCGAGAAGAGCAGGAGAGAGCCCGUGGUGAAGAAAUUGUUUGAAAGGACAGUGGAAGAGGACGCAAAGCUUAAGCAAUUGCUUCAAGACUUGCAAAAGCAUAAAACAACGCAGAAGCAGCAGCUGCAGGAGCUCAAGCAGGGACUAAGAAUGUAUCAGAAGCUGGGACUCUUUUUCGAGCACUCAGGAGCAGAUCAAAUUGUUGUUCGGUUUACACAGAUUGACGCCCAGAACCCCGAUCGUGAGUUUUCAUUUCGGAUCACGAUCGACCCUAUAACUGAUCGAUAUAUUGUCAAUGAUUGUAAUCAAGAUGUGGCGUCGCUGAACGAUUUGGUGACAAAUCUCAACGAGACUGGCGACUUGGCACUGUUCAUCCGCUCCAUGCGCCGCAUGUUUAAACAGCUUGUGUAG